GUUCCUUCCUCCUCUCUGAUUGGUUGCUCCUUAUGUUAGUCAUUCCUUCCUCCCGCCUCCAGACCGCAGCCCCAGUGGCAGUGGGCUGUGACGUCACUCCUGGACUGUCCAGGCCAUGAUGGCGGCAGCAGCAGCGGCGGCAGCAGCGGCAGAGCGGGGCGGCGGGCCCGGGUCCUGUCCUCCCGGUUCCUCCCAGACGGCGGACUACUCGGUUCUGGUGGUGGUGGGAGCCCUCCAGCCCAGCGGCCUCCUGGAGCGGAUACUGCGGCAGAUAGACUCAGGGGUGCGGUGCUGGCCGGUGGAUCUGGACGUUUCUGUUCUGGAUCAGCAGCUGAAGCUCUUCAUUUCCAGACACUCUGCCUUCCUGUCAGAGGAGGUCAAAGGUCAGCGGACUCUGCAUCACCAUGGGGACGUCCUGGACACUCAGGUGGUGCUGAAUCCAGCCCAGGACUUCGUCUGCUCUGAGGUUCGCCGGCUCAUCUGCGACUCUUCUCGACACAAGCUGUUGGUUUUGGCUGGUCAGUGCGUGGAGGAAAGCGGAGACAUCGUGUUGCAGAAAGGCUGCUUUUCUGUCAGCGACUUUAUCCAGAUAUUCACCAAUGACGAGGUUGGUGAGUUUCGGAGUUCUUCGGACCAGGCGAUGAAGGCCAGCCUCACCCUCAGCUGUCCAGACUACGGCCUCUGGAAGGACUCCAUGUUGGACAAACACAACCUCCAGGACUUCAUCAACAUCCAGAUUAACCCUCCUCCAGUCCUCCCAGAGAUGGAGGGUCUCCAAGAGUUCACCGAGUACCUCUCUGAGUCGCUGGAGCCCGAGUCACCCUUCGACCUCCUCGAGCCUCCCAGCACCGUGGGCUUCUUGAAGCUCUCGCGACCCUGCUGCUACAUCUUCCCUGGCGGAAGAGGGGACUCCGCCUUCUUUGCUGUUAACGGGUUUAACGUCCUGGUAAACGGCGGCUCCGACCGCCGGUCCUGCUUCUGGAAGCUGGUCCGGCAUCUGGACAGAAUCGACUCGGUACUGCUGACCCACAUUGGCGUUGACAAUCUCCCUGGGCUGAACAGUCUUCUGCUGAGGAAAGUGGCCGAGCAGGAUGACGAGUCUGCCAGAUCCCAGACAGAAGAAGACUGGAUGAAAAACCUCAUCUCCCCUGAGAUUGGAGUAGUCUUCCUUAAUGUUCCAGAAAGAGUCAAGUCCAUCCAAUCAGAUCCCAGUGAGCUGAGGUGUUGUGACCAGGUGGCGCUCACUCUGCAACACCUCCAAAGACUCUCCAUCAAACCAGAACCUCUCAGCAGGUCAAACGGACUUAGUAUCGAACCAUUUAUCCUCUUUCAAAAAAUGGGAGUCGGUCGUCUGGAGCUGUACAUUCUGAAUCCAGUGAGCGGCAGCAAAGAACUUGAAGCUUUAAAACAGAUUUGGCCAAAUGAUGGAUCGACUAUUAAAGGCUCAAAUCUUCCACUCACAUGCCUUGUGUCCAUUUGUGCUUUGCUGGUCUGGCAUCCGUCCAGCCCCCAGGAGAAGAUCAUACGCGUCCUCUUCCCUGGGUGCACGCCACAGGCCAAAAUCUUAGAUGGACUCGACAAACUAAAACAUCUAGAUUGCCUCAAACACCCUGUGGUCUGUUUGAAGGACCUGGAAGUAUGUAAAAUGGAUAAACAACAACCAAAGCGAGCGGAGAGCCGAGAAAGCCUUAAGUCCCAGUCCAGGGACGUGAGACCCAGUAGUGCCUUGCAGAAAGAGAAGCCUGGACGAGCAGACGUCAAAAAACAGGAGGUGAAAAUGAAGCCAAAGGUAGGAAGUGAGGUUAAAGAAAAGAAGGAUGGGGACGAAAAGCCCAAACUGAAGGAGGGAGAUCCUAAAUUAAAGCCACCGAAAGCUGCUGAAAAGCUUGUUCCAAAGAAAGAUGUGGCAAAAGAAGAGAAAAAAGAGGUGAAGAAGAAGGAGGAGAAAGCUCCUGCUGCUGGAACCAAGAAAGAAGAAAGUGGAGACAAAAAGAAGGAAGUAAAGAGGGAAAUGCCAAGUGCAAAACCAAAGAAAGACAUUAAGCCUGAUCCAAAAAAAGAUGGAAAAAAGGAUGUGAAAACAGAGGAGAAGAAAACCGCAAAACCACCCGUCAAAGAUGUGAAGAAAACAAGUGGAGCUUCAAGUGCAGCAUCGGUGACCAGCACUGAACAGAAAAAAGGUUCAGCCAAGACUGGGAGCCUGAAAAAAGAUGUGACUCUUCCAAAGAAGGAUGCUCUGAACAAAGGGACUAAAGGUAAACCUGGGUCUAAGGAUCAGGGAGACCACAAGGACACAGAGGCUGAAAGUCUACGAUCAGAAGAUAAGAACGGGAACAGCGGACAGAACGCAAAGAUAAACGGAAAUCAGGCCUUAACGAGUCCAGAGAACUUCCAUGGCUUGAAGGCAGACCAGGACGUGGCGGCUGCUUCCGUCAAAAUCCCCAAAGGAGAUCUCAGUGUAAACUUUGAUCUCACUCCAACGUAUCAGCCAGUUAAAAAUGGCCAAGAUGGUGUUUGUGUUAGCUCUGAAGAAAAAACUCUGGAGCUAAUGUCCUCUGCAGAUUCUGCCCCGAACAGUGCAGGACAUACGCCGUUCCAUCAGUCCCCCGAUGAAGACAUCCGGGGUCUAGGUGAGGACAGCAGCCUCGGGGCCAGAGGGUCCAGUCUGGGAUUUGAAGAUUACAACCAGGGGGGUUCCUGUCGGACAUCCGAUCUGAGCUCUCUGAGGGAAGGCCUGGAAAACUCCACAUCUUCUCAUGACAAACAGUCCAGCCUUUUGACGCUCAGUCCCUUCAAAGACAUCAUGCCGGACUCGUCCCCCACCAUGACGUCCAUGCCAGCUGAAGUCUGCUCUCCUCAUUCUACGGAAGUCGAUGAAUCCUUGUCUCUAGAGCAAGUGAUGCCAAAUACUGGACCUCUGUACACCAAUGGACACUUGAAUGAGUCCGACUCCAACAUGGGUUUACCUCUGAAAAUGUCGCAGAAUGGUCGCUGUGACGAACACGUUCACGGGAUGUCAGACCUCAUCCCAGAUGUUCCACAUGAUGUGGAUCUGUGUUUGGUGACACCAUGCGAGUUCCAGCACCCUAAAACUCCAGAGAACCAGCAGCAGCAUCUCAGCCUCAGGACCAGUACCUCACCAGAACCAUAUGACAACAACAACCACACCCAAGACCAGAGCAACAGUACGUCCGCCUACAGCCAGGAAACACCACCCACGUCCGUCAGUGACUCCCUUCAAACAGCCACAGACUCUGAUGUCCCCCCGGCAACCGAGGACUGUCCCUCCAUCACAGCAGAUCUGGACUCUGAGGACGAUUCCAGCAGCCUCUACCUGCUUGGUCAUCCACAGGACCAUCCCAGCAUGCAUUACUCCCACGACCCACCGCCAGCCCCCGUCAAGGAUCUGCCCCCGUUACCGCCUCAACCUGGGACCUGCAUGGCCGACCCAGAGGCUGAUGGGUCCAGCAAGAGCCUGAAGAGUACAGCAUCCAAGACCAAGAGACCAACGGGAACAGCUCAGAGGGCGACAUCUGGAAGUACUGUGACCCAGAACGGAAGGUCUAAGGCCGGUAGCUCCACAGGGUCCCUGAAGACGGCCCCCAGCCUCGACACAAAGCAAACUUCACGAAAUACACUUGGAGGCUCUAAAAUUGGAGCUGCAAAACCUCCAUCAGCAGCGAACAGAACCGUGGCGUCGGAGGGUCCGGCGCUGUUCGUAGACCUGGCCUACCUGCCAUCUGGCGCCGCCUCCUCCACUUUGGACGUGGAGUUCUUCAGACGCCUUCGCUCCUCCUAUUUCAUCAUCAGCGGAGAUGAUUCUGUGAAGGAAGUGGCGAUGAGGAGCAUCCUGGACGCUCUGUUGGAGGGGAAGAGCUGCUGGCCCGACGUCCAGGUGACUCUGAUCCCCACAUUUGAUUCGCUGGCGAUGCAUGAAUGGUACCAGGAGACCCACGAGCGGCAGAAGGAGCUGUCUAUCACCGUCCUGGGCAGCAACAGCACCGUGGCCAUGCAGGAGGAGACCUUCCCCGCCUGUAAGGUGGAGUUCUAAACCCCGCCCACCUUGCCAACCUCUCACCUCUGAUCAGGUGGACGAGGCGAGGGCGAUGGCGGUGGCCGAGGGAGGAGAAGACAAAGUGGACCUUAAUGUUGCCAUUGUUGCAUUCUAGACCAAUGGAAGGAUGCGUCUGAUAAUGGGAAGCCCCGCCCCCUUUGGUUGUGUCAUUUCAACGAGCAUGCUCAGUUAUUCCCUUGCACGGCUGUCACUUUGUGUCCUGAAGCGGAGACCGGACGUGGUCUCUGGUUCUGGUCUCCUUUAAGUAUCACUCUGCUGGAUCAGGACUUUUACCCGACGAACGCUCAUAUAUGAUCAGUAUUAACGAGUCGUAACGAGUCGGUUAAAUUUAUAAACAGUUUGAUUUUAGAUGUUUGGUUAUGGUAGAGGUUAAAAAAACACAACGGCUUCUUGGAGCUUCGCACGUCAUUCCAGAUAAACCAGUCCGGGUUCGUCUGGACACGACAGACGACCGAGUGUUUCCGUAAAUCAGUGUUUAAACGUCGACCGUUCUUUUCAAUGUGAUUAUAGUGCAUCAGUUAAUUUAGUCUAGGCUCCGCCCACAGACGGCCUUCAAAUCACAUGAUCUGCACAGAGUCGUACUAAUGUCAAAAUGUGUUUCAUACAGUUUGAUUUUGAUUUUUGAUUUAUUUUAUUUAUUUCGAACAUGCAAAGAAACAAAAUAAAACAAAACAAUGCAAAUUAAGACAAAAACAAAAUAACAUUUAAAUGGACAGAAUCUAUGUUC